AUGACAUUCUUCUCUACUGAGGCAGAGCUAGCGCUCAUGGCGCCUGAUGACGGCAUGAUGUACCCCUCCAGCACUUGCCAAUCACCUCCGAGCAUCAUGUACUCACCACCACUCCACCAUAUGUCACACCGUCCCUCGACAACAAUGGCCGGCCACGGUGGAAUGUAUACCCCUCCACACGACUACAGACCCAUCAUGGAAUCGCCAUAUCCUCCCCACCCCUUCUGGACCUCGCAGGCCCAGUCGGUGCCGAUGCCUCAAGUCUCGUCGUACGCUUACCCUCCAUACACUGACAUGGGAUCCCCUCCCAUUCUCUCUCACGACUCGACCCUUCUCUCACAGUAUCCCGGCGCUACUCGACCUUCAAGAUCACACUCGACAUCUUCAUCAGUGGGCCACGGUAUUGCAUCCAGCAUCCCAUCAGAGACUUCGCCCCCCGCACUAUCGCGGUCGCUUUCCCCUUCAUCGCCAGACCUCCGAGCGUACGGCAUCCCAAACAAGAACGGCACAUGGAGUUGUGCGUACCCAGGAUGCACAUCAAGAGCAGUCUUCACCAGGGGAUGCGAUCUCCGCAAGCACCACAAGCGACACACCAAGUCAUUCUUUUGCCGGCACGGCGAUUGCCCGCAAUCUCAAGGAGGAGGAUUCUCAAGCAAGAAGGAUCUUGCGAGACACGAGGCAAAACACAACCCGGGCGUCUUGUGUGACUGGGAUGGGUGUGACAGAGUUUUCAGCCGCGUGGACAAUAUGAGAGACCACGUCAAGAGAAUACACCUCAAGUCGUCACGGAAAUCGUCGACAACAUCAGCAUAG